AUGGAGGCAUUUCGUCAUAUCGGCGAGGGCCCUUUCGGAGAUCGAUCCACAGUCAUCUUCAAAGGAGGGAGAUCCGAGGGCCCGAAGCUUCGCGGCGAGAUUCUUCCUGGAGGUGGAGAUUGGGAGAUUGUUCGUAAUCACGGGGAUCAACAGACUGCCCAUCUCAACACACGUUAUAACCUUGUGACACACGACGGGGCCACCAUCUAUCUUCAAACCACUGGGACUCGCACUGGAGCCAAGUCUAUCAUUGAGAAGUUGGGCGAGGAUACGAGUAUCACCGCGGAUAAGUUCAAGAUGCGUUUGAACAUGACUUUUGAAACGGGGGACGAUAGGUACGGCUGGCUGAAUACCGUCGUUGGCAUUGCUAGUUCAGGACGGACAGGAAGCCAAGUCAUUUACGAUGCUUAUGAAGUUGUGUAG